AUGUCUGAUCUAUAUCGAUCUACUCUCAGUGCUCGUCUUGCUAAAUUGCCAGCAGACAUACCUUCCAACAUCGACAUAGAAGAUGAAGACGAAGAAGUUGGAGAUUUACUCGGCUCUCUGCCAGGCAGUGGCCUCGGUCCUCCUGCAAUGCAAGUCUACGAUAUACAGCCCUGGAAAUUUCUCUUAUAUCUCCGACUGAAAGCGAAGAAAGAGCCAAACCCUGCUUUUGCGCCGAUUUCAGCCAAGAGCUUUUUCGUUCAAGCUUUCCAGGUAGCGUUGCCGAAUAGGAAUCUUGAUUGUAGGGUGUAUUAUACACCUCCGAAGUUUGCCAAUGGGACAGUCAUGGUGUGUCAACAUGGAGCGGGCUAUUCAGGCUUGUCUUUUGCGUGUAUGGCUAAGGAGAUCACGGACCUGUCUGGAGGAGAAUGUGGAGUGUUGGCUAUAGAUGCCCGUCGACAUGGGAAAACGAUGUCCACUUCGGACCAGCCAGAUGAAGAUCUUUCUAUCAGCGUAUUGGUUGAUGACUUUGUUGGGGUGGUCCAGACGAUUUAUCCAGAUGCUCAAGCAUCACCGAAUCUUAUUCUCAUUGGCCAUAGUAUGGGUGGAUCAAUCGUCACUCGAGCCUGUACCAUAUUACUCGAUAGAAAGUACACGAUCGGUGGCGUAGCUGUAUUAGACGUCGUUGAAGGCUCUGCGAUUGAAGCUCUUCCUCAUAUGAAUAGUCUUUUGAAUGCACGACCAGACGGAUUUGACAGCGUAGAGGAAGCGGUGGAAUGGCACCUAAAUACGAAAGCCAUACGAAACCCAACGUCUGCCAGAAUCUCUAUUCCAGCAGUCAUUUCGCCCUCCGAAAGUUCUUCUCCGAUUGUCCCCCCUUUCAUCUGGCGCACGCCUUUGCGCUCAACGGCUCCUUACUGGCAAAGUUGGUUUGUUGGCCUGUCUCACACAUUCCUUAACGUCCGCACUGCGAGGCUCCUCGUUCUCGCUGGUACAGACCGGCUCGAUAAAGAGUUAAUGAUUGGACAAAUGCAAGGCAAAUUUCAGAUGAUCGUCGUGCCGGGCACUGGGCAUAUGUUGCACGAAGACGACCCCACCCGACUAGCAGAGAUCAUGGUGGAUUUCUGGAGAAGGAAUGAACGUUUGGUGAUUGGGAUCAAGAAAGUCGGAGAGGCUUAA